AUGCGAGUCGCCGUUGUAGGCGCCGGACUCGUCGGCGUCGCAACGGCACACUACUUCGCUACCCGGUACACUGGUUUGGUCACCCGAUUGGAAGUUUUUGAAAAGUCGCAACACAUAGCAGGAGAACAGUCCGGUCACAACUCCGGUGUUAUACACGCCGGAAUCGGCUACGCGCCCGGCUCGUUCAAAGGUCGUCUCUGCGUCCUGGGUGCACGUCACAUCUACGAGUUCUGCGAGUCGCCCGCAGGGCAACGAGUUCCUGUACGACGAGCGGGCAAGUACAUUGUCGCGCGGAACGAAGCUGAGGCUGGACGACUGGCCGAAAUCUUUACAAACGCAGUGGCGAACGGCGUUCAGGGGCUGGAGCUCCUCGAUGGCGUCCCCUUGCCAAGUGUUCGUGCUGUGCGAAGCCUCUAUUCGCCGAAUACUGGAGUGAUUGACUAUCCGGCUCUCGCCCGAGCGCUUGUCGCAGAUGCCGCUGAACGCCUAGGUGACCGCUUUACCCUACGCUUGGGCACUGAGGUUCCACUGAGAGCACUCGAACCAGACGCAGAGACACACCCGCGAUGGGCGGUAGACGCGCGAGCCUGGUAUCAGCAUUGGGACUGGGUUUUUGUAUGUGUUGGCGGGAGCACGCUGCCGACGACGCAGCUGCGCAUUCUUCCGGUAAAGGGCCAGUAUUUCGAGCUUCGUCCCGACGCAAUCCAGCGCUUGGGGCUCAGCCGAUGCAACAUCUACCCGGUCCCAGACAAGCGUUACCCGUUUGCGGGCGUUCACUUCACGCCUUCCGUUGAUGGGCGUCGCGUAUGGGUUGGGCCAACAGCAACCCUGGCUGGAUGGCCACCAAUUCAGUACCCGGGCUUUUGGCGGCUCGUACAGCAGCACUGGCGAUUCGGCCUGAGCCAAUGGUGGCAAGAAAACGCGCCGCUCGCGCUCUGGCGAGCGCUGCGUGGCAUGGUGCCAGACCUUGGUCCACACGACCUUGAACGCUCAUUCUACGGUGUUCGAGCACAAGCGCUAACCCGUGAUGGCACGCUUCUAAAUGAUUUUCAUUUCGAGCGCCAUCGGAAUGUUGUGCACGUGCGAAACGCCCCAUCGCCAGCAGCGACAUCGUCGAUGGCCAUUGCGGAAUACCUCGUAGAAGGCGCACUCCAGGGAAGCAUGAGCGAGACCGCUUCCUGA